AUGUAUUCGUCUUGUGGACAGAUACAUGAUGCCCGGAAGCUAUUUGAUGGGAUGCCCUUUAGAGAUGUUGUCUCAUGGAAUGCAAUGGUUGCCGGUUACGCAAAGGUUGGYGACGUUGACAACGCAAGGGUUCUGUUUGAGCGCAUGCCUGAGAGGAAUGYCAUCUCCUGGACAGCAGUUAUUGCGGGUUAUUCUCAGGUGAACAGACCAAAUGAGGCAAUAGAAAUCUUUAGGAGAAUGCAGCUUGAGGAUGUAGAGCCAGAUGUAAUUGCAAUGUUGGCUGUUCUCUCYGCUUGUUCCCAUCUGGGUGCUCUUGAGCUGGGGGAGUGGAUCCAUAACUAUAYUGAUAAACGUGGACUGUACAAGAUAAUUCCUCUUACCAAUUCUCUCAUAGACAUGUAUGCUAAGUCAGGAAACAUACAAAAGGCUAUAGAAGUAUUUGAAAACAUGAAGCAUAGGAGUGUUAUUACUUGGACUACAAUGAUUGCGGGGCUAGCUCUACAUGGACUUGGYAGAGAAGCCCUUGAAAUGUUCUCUCGCAUGGAAAGAGCAAGAGUUAAGCCAAAUGAAGUCACUUUUAUUGCCAUUUUAUCUGCUUGUAGCCAUAUUGGAUUGGUUGACGUAGGUCGCUGGCAUUUUGAUUGCAUGAGCUCGCGUUAUCRGAUCACACCAAAGAUUGAACACUAUGGGUGUAUGGUUGAUCUUCUUGGCCGUGCUGGUUAUCUUCAGGAGGCACUGGAACUAGUUCGGAAAAUGCCAUUUGAAGCAAAUGGAGCUAUAUGGGGUUCUCUUCUAGCUGCUUCUAGAAUCCAUGGUGAUGUUGAACUCGGGGAAUGCGCUUUGUGGCAUCUCAUUGAGGUCGAGCCUGACAACAGUGGCAACUACACACUUCUAUCUAAUAUAUACGCAGCCCUUGGGAGGUGGCAUGAAGUCGGAUUGGUUAGKAAGAUGAUGAGAKAUAAAGSAGUAAAAAAGAUGCCAGGUGGAAGUUCCAUCGAAGUGAACAACAGAGUCCAUGAAUUUGUUGCUGGAGACAAGUCACAUCCACAGUCUGAAUGGAUAUAUAAAGUACUUUAUGAGAUUAACAAGAUAUUAARGAUGACAGGAUAUGUCCCAAAGGAAUGCAAGGGGUUACUUGACCAUGAUGAGGAAUGA